AUGGACAAAUGGAAUUUGUUCUUUACAUCGGUUUUCACAGUGGAAGACACCAGCAGUGUACCAGAACUUCAUGAGUUGGGAUUAAAGAUAUUUGCUCUAGUGCUUGAUUCUGAUAAUCCUCAGCGGUUUACUAUUGAAUACAUUAAAGGGCAGGUUUACAAGUAUUCAUCCACUGAAAGAGACUCCUUAAUGGCUAGCUUGCUAGAUGGUGUGAGAGCUUCUGGUAACAGAGAUGUGUGUGUAAGGAUGAUACCAACUCCGAAAGGGCAGAGAUGGGGGCUGCUGAGUAUGCCGGUGGAUGAAGAAGUAGAAAGUCUACAUCUUCGGUUUCUAAAUGCUCCUCCAAAUGGCAGUUUUUCAGAUGCAGUGUUUAGGUUUAAUGCGAACAUCUCAUACAGUGGAGUUCUGCAUGCAGUGACUCAAGAUGGCCUUUUUUCUGAGAACAAAGAGAAACUUAUUAAUAAUGCUAUCACGGCGUUACUGUCUCAAGAAGGCGAUCAAACUGCUAAUAAUGCAGAACUGGAGAGCCAGUUUCAGGCUGUGAGACGACUGGUUGCUUCGAAGGCUGGUUUUCAAGCGUUUACAAAACUUCCGAAAUUUCGAGAAAGGCUGGGUGUGAAAACAGUAAAGGCUUUAAAAAGAAACCAUGAUGGUGUUACACACGCUGCCAUCGAUGUGCUGUGUGCUCUGAUGUGUCCUAUGCAUGAUGACUAUGAUUUGAGACAAGAGCAGCUGAACAAAGCAUCACUUCUCUCUUCAAAGAAGUUUUUAGAAAAUUUACUUGAUAAGUUCAAUGCCCAUGUGGAUCAUGGGACAGGUGCAUUGGUGAUUAGUUCUCUACUGGAUUUUCUUACGUUUGCCCUCUGUGCUCCAUAUAGUGAGACAACUGAAGGGCAGCAGUUUGAUAUGUUGUUAGAAAUGGUAGCAGAUGUUGGAAGAACCCUGUUCAAACUUUUCCAGCACCCUUCCAUGGCCAUUGUGAAAGGUGCAGGUUUAGUUAUGAAAGCUAUUAUAGAAGAAGGUGACAAAGAAAUUGCAACAAAGAUGCAGGAACUUGCCUUAAGUGAGGGUGCCCUACCCAGCCACUUGCAUACAUCAAUGUUUACAGUUAGUACAGAUCAGCGGAUGCUAACUAAUAGGCAGUUAAGUAGACAUUUGGUGGGUCUUUGGACAGCAGAAAAUCCAACAGCAUUGAAUUUACUGAAACGCAUUUUGCCAACAGGCUUACUGGCAUACCUUGACAGCACAGAGCAAGUACCAGAAAAAGAAAUUGACAGGAUGCAUAUCAGGGAUAAUGUAAAAAUUGCAACAGAUCAAUAUGGUAAAUUUGGUAAAGUCCCAGAGUGGCAACGAAGGGCUGGACGAGCUGCUAAAGAGGUAGAGAAAUUUGCCAAAGAAAAGGUUGACUUGCUUUUGUUACACUGGAGAGACAGAAUGGGCAUUGCUCAAAAGGAGGUAAAUUUUUGAUCUGCUUUUCCAUGAAA